GCGGAUUAGCUCUGUACAGGCCACCAUCGCAAUUCUUUCUGCUUGUGAUUCCGCGAAGGACAGUCCCUUUUAUUAGCAGCGUUUCUUUUCGACGGUGUACGGUGUAGAACAAAGUGCUUUUAUUUCGUAAUUCAAUUAGAACAUUAUCGCCUUUAUUAGGGUUAAUAGUAAACAAUCGAUCGAUUGUUGUUUUGUGCUCGGGUCGUGUGUGUUUACACAGUGAAAUAUUUGCGUGAAUGAACGCCGCCGAUUCUAGUGUCCACGACUUUUCCGUUUCUGUGGCAAACGAUCCUAUCGAGCUGGCGGAGCAAACAAUUCAUGGCGAGCUGCAAGGUUCAGCGAUCUCGGUCACUAUAGAUGACAGCUGGCCAGGACAUAUUCUAGUCGAAGGGACCGACGAAUUUGGGAGCAGCGUGGCCUUCUUGACCGACGACAAUAUUCACGACGAAAACUCACCGCUCGUGGGUGGUGGAGGAGCAGUUGGUGGUCCUGGUGGCUGUGAUGACUGCGACAAUGAAAGUGGAAGUUGCGCUCCUCCGUCGACCAUCACAGUAAUGGAAGUGCAUCGGAUGGAUGAAUCAGACGAGGAAGUGAAGAAAGCCGUCGAUCGGUACUACAGUCAGCUGGAAAUGCCAAGCGGUUCAUCCGGCGAGGACGAGGACGGUGCGGACCUAGCCGCCGAUCCGGAUAAUGCUUUCCUCAGCAAGUAUCUGAUGCAGUACAAACUGGCUUCGAUGAGGCAAAGCACCGCCGACGAUAUGCUGACCAUGGAGUCCGACAUGAAGGGCGGCAUCCUGCACGCCACCAUGCCGCCACAUCAUGCGUCUUCGCUGCACGGCCAUUCGACGUCUCCGUACGGAGCGCUGGGAUCGCUGAGUAUGAUGAACAUUGGCCAAUCCCAGCUGGGACAUCAGUCGCAGCAUCUUGGCCAUCAGCAGCAUCUGAGCCACAGCAAUAAUGGCAGCUCGUACGGUCAGAGCCAUAACAAUCCACAUGGUUCACCGUUACAACCUGGUUCGGGACUCAGUCCCAAUGGUCCAACGCAAAGUUCCCAGCAGCAAACUCCACCGCAGACGGGACUUAUCAGUCAUCAUAUUACCUCGUCCGGCCAGAACCAUUCCCACACGCACCUGGGAUCGGGUGGAGUCGUGAAUCAUAAUAAUAAUAAUACUAGCAAAGCUGCCCAACAGAACGCGGAUCGUGUGAAACGGCCAAUGAACGCAUUCAUGGUCUGGUCCCGUGGCCAACGUAGAAAGAUGGCCUCGGAUAAUCCGAAGAUGCAUAACUCGGAAAUCUCGAAAAGGUUGGGAGCACAGUGGAAAGAUCUGUCCGAGACGGAGAAGCGUCCAUUUAUUGACGAAGCGAAGCGGCUACGAGCGGUACACAUGAAGGAACAUCCCGACUACAAGUACCGUCCACGCCGGAAGACGAAGACGCUGACCAAGACCAAGGAGAAGUAUCCGCUCGGGGUCGGUUCCCUGUUGCAAUCCAGCGAAGGUAAUACGAUGCGGAAUUCGAGUUCGAUGUCAGCAGCUCAACAAGCGGCAGCGGCGGCUGCUGCCAAUCGUGAUAUGUAUCAAAUGCCUCCCAACGGAUACAUGCCCAAUGGGUACAUGAUGCACGAUGCAUCAGCAGCGGCCUAUCAAUCCCAGCAGCACUACAUGAGCAAUUAUCAUCGUUACGAUAUGGGUCAAAUGCACAAUGCGGCCUCAACGGGUUCACUGAACUCGUACAUGAACGCAACGGGUUACGGUAUGUACGGAACUGUAUCCGGAGGUCAAACGUCCCCCUACGGUCUGCAACAGCCCGGUUCACCUUACAGUACAAUCCAGCAACAGCCAGGAUCUCCAUACGGACUGAACCAACCUGGCAGCCAAAUCUCCUGCCAAAGCCAUAGUCCCAGCGAUUCCAGCGUCAAAUCCGAACCCGUAUCGCCUAGUCCAACGUCCACCAACAAUAACCUGAUAAUGAAGCGUGAGUACGGCCAACCUGGUGGGCCGGAUCUGAGCCACCUGAUCAACAUGUAUCACGUGCCGGAUAUGCAAAGUACAGAACACCAGCGGAACCUUAUGCAGCACUAUCAGCACAGUGUCUCGCCGGAUCUUCAAUCUCAGCAGCAGCAGGUCCUCCGGUCCAUGGCACCGAUCUCGCACAUGUGAGAUUUGGCCAGUUCCGUUGGGCUGCAAACUACGUCCUCAUCCUCACCGGCGGCGCUGGCACCGCCUUUAUCGCCGGUGCUCAAUACCGGAAGCGGAUCAUCGAUGUUCCACAGCCAUCCACAACCACCGCAAUCGUCCUCGUCCUCGUCUUCAUCGCCACUUUCGUCCUAUCGGCACCACCAUCAUCACCUCCAUCAUCAUCAUCUGAGCAACGGCGGGGGUGGAGGUGCUGGUGUUCAGAGCGGCCUCGGCGGUGGUGUCGGUGGUAGCAGUAACAACUGUAGUGGUCUCAGCCUUGGCCAUAACCUCAACGCUUCGUCGGCGUCACCGCCGGGAACCGACGGCGGUGGCGGCGGCAGCAGUAGUCUAGGACAUCAACUUCAUCACAUCAGCAACUGUGUUAGUACCGAUAGAACUAAUCAUCUAAUGGACAUAUCGCCCCUCUAAUCUUCACUUUACUACUCCUUUAUUAUUUAAGCAGCUUCCUCUGUGUCCAUCUGACAGUUUUCUUCCAUAGCCAUUAUCAUUUUGCUGCGAUUGACAUUCGAUGAAAUUGCGUGAACGUGUUGUUAAGUUUGAAAAUUCCCACUUUCUGAACGGGUCUCGCGCGGCCGAACCGUUUCCGAUGUCCUGAAAUCGGACGAGCCAAGGGCAAUCCACGAGAAGAAAACCACUGUGUGAUAUUACUCUCUUUCUUUGAAUUAAAAGAUGAAUUUUUUAUUUGUACAUUUCGGGAUGCGCCCCCCCCCUUCUCCAUUUAGCACCUAUUAGAAGAAGUUGAAUUACUAUUUUUAUAUCUUACCUUUAUUUUCUGAAACUAUUAUAUUUUAAGUGCUGUUGUUACUGAUUUCUUCUUUCCUAAAUAAACUAAAAGCAACAACAAA